UAUCGACGACACGCCGAAGAAGACAACGCAAUGGCACCAAAGAAGCAGGUCAAGCCGCCAAAGAGCGUAGUAAGCAAGAGCGGAACAGCGUCGACGAGUGCGGGAGGAGUGAGUGGAUCAUCAUCGCCGACGGUGGCGGACACGAGCGCGAUCAUUGCGGAUGUGGUGAAGACGUAUGUGCGGGAGACACCGCGCAAGUUGAAGCUCGUGGAUGCGUUUAUGGGGUUUUUGGUCGCGGUCGGGGUGUUGCAGUUUGCGUACUGCGUUGUUGUGACUAGUUAUCCGUUCAAUGCGUUUCUGUCUGGGUUUUCGAUCACGGUCGGUCAAUUCGUGUUAGCAGCAUCGUUGCGUGUACAGGCAAAUCCCGAGAACAGCAGUCAAUUCGACAAGGUGUCGCCAGAGCGGGCAUUCGCGGACUUUGUGUUUGGAAGUUUGAUCUUACAUUUCUUUGCAUACAAUUUCAUCAAUUAGA